GGGGGGGGCUUUUGUUUGGAAGAUCUGAUGUUUUUCAAAGUUCCUGGUCCAGGGAAGCCUGACGUCAUCACGGUGCGCCGCAGUGGGCCGGAGGAGGUGGCAGAUACCUCUUCAGAACAACAGUAACGUUCCUCACGCUGAAGAACAACAUUAGGAAUGCCGAAGAAGUUCCAAGGCGAAAACUCCAAGGCCGCCACGGCCAAAGCCCGAAAAGCAGAAGCCAAAGCAGUGGCAGACGCCCGUAAAAAGCAGGAGCUAGAGGACGCCCUGUGGCAGGAAAGUGACAAACAUGUGCUGAGAAAGGAGCAGAGGAAGGAUGACAAGGAGAAGAAGCGACUGGAGGCCUUGGAGAGGAAGAAGGAAAACCAGCGACUGCUAGAGGAGGAGAAUGCUAGGCUGAAGGGCAGAUCUACCAAGGAAGCCACCUCUGGGGGCAAGGUGACCCGUGCCCAAAUUGAGGAGACACUUCAUGUUGAGCAACAACAGCAGCCCAAACCGAAAGAAAAGAGCAACCUGGAGACUCCCUUGGAAGAAAAUGUGAACAGGAUCAUCCCUGAUGAGGGCACUGUCGAGGCCAGAACAAUAGAAGAUGCUAUCACUAUGCUUAGCAUGGAGCCUGAGGAGCUGGACCGGCACCCAGAACGCAGGAUGAAAGCAGCAUUUGCUGCCUUCGAGGAGGUCAACAUGCCUCGCCUUAAAAAGGAGAACCCCAACAUGAGGUUGUCGCAACUCAAGCAGCUGCUGAAGAAGGAGUGGACAAAGUCGCCGGAGAACCCCUUGAACCAGGGCUUUCUCAACUACAAUGCCAAGUGAAUGCCCUGCCUUCCACCUGGAACUCUGUUUAAAAACUAUCCACCUAUGCAUAUUUGGAUCUAACUAUGGAAAAUGCAGUUAUUUCACCCAAAUAUAUGAGAUUCGGUGACAAAUGCUUUACCGUCACCAAACCAGAAAGAAUUUCUGCAAUGCUAAGAGGACUUUGCUUUGUUUUCCGUUCAGGUUUAGCAAGGGUUUUUUUCCCCCCCAAUAAAUGUCAAAACUGACAUCCAUGUCUGUGUUUGCACCCUCUGAUGAGGCAUCUUAUUGAAUAUUAUUUUCCAUUGCUUUUUUUAUUUCGGGGCACUUAAUGGGAGGUGGGAGCCAGAUGUUUUGAGAUUAAAGUAAUUUAUUGCAGUUCAUAACCUGAUUGUCAGCAUAUUCUUCUGCCUUUGGUUGUGAGACUGAGUGGUCUGCCAAUCUUUUAGAUUCAUCAAGAGCCAAAAAAAAUUAAGUCAACUGCUGAAAUCGGAGCAGAGCUGUUUGCAGAACGUUGAAGGCUUGUGGACGUGAGACACCAUUCUGUCAUAAAGGAGCAAAUUUACUCUAAUAUUGGGAGUUGCCACCAGUUGAAUAUUUCUGAAUUUUGGCCAAUACUGGUGAUGCUCACCACUUGUCCCCCAUUUUGGCAGCUAACCAGCUAGGGGUUUUUUUUUGCUUUAUUGAAAGCAGUCUGAUGAAUCGGUAAGAAUGAGUUGAAGUGAAGAAGUCGAUCUGUUAUUUUUUCACUCGGUUUCUUUCCCCUACAAUUCCCUGUUGCGUGUUUCAGACAAAGAUUGUUGACUCCUUGAGGAUCCAUUUGAAGAACGACAUCACCUUUAAUCAAAGUUGUGGUAUUGUGGCUUGGCAGGUUACCCUCUUAUGAUAAAUUGCUAGCUUGUUCUUGUCAUCAGCUAUUUACGGUAGGGCCACUGAGCAAGACACUGGACUCCUACUUGCUCACUCAUUCAAGUUAAGUAACAUCGUUGCUAUAUACAGAUAAUGCAAAUGUGAGUUUCUACACUGUCAAUCUUGAGUCGGCUGCUGUGAAUCUAUCAGGACCCCCGCUGGCUGCAGUUCAGUUUACAGUGACUCAGUUAGCCUUCACAGAGCGCUGACCUCCUCACUAGCCGUGCUGCCAGAUGCAUGUCUUAUAAUGAUAAUUCACAAAUUCAAGGUAUCAUAUUCAGUGAUGCGGUGCCACGCCCAGGGGAUGACUGAUUGUAAAACUUGGUCACAUAGUUUCCAAUAAAACCUGAACAUGACAUUUAAAAACGUGACUGACGGGUCCAAUGAUUAUCAUU